AUGGUGCCUCGCGGCUGGAAAGGAAGUACACUGCUCUUCAGCACCUUCUGCGCCAUCGUCUCGGCCGUCAAUCUCGGCGUUUUGAUAUGGGCGGCGGCAAAAUCCAAAAACAGCGUGUCAGAGGACGACGGGACCCUCGUCCUCCGCGAAGGCCGCGGUUCCCAUCAAUGCUCGAGCAUCCAAGACCUGAACAAGUGGGCGCAUCUCUUAAUCAACUUGCUCAGCACGAUCCUGUUGAGUGGGAGCAACUAUUGCAUGCAGUCUCUAUCGGCGCCGACGAGAUCGGACAUCAACUCUGCCCAUAGCUCGGGAAGAUGGCUCGACAUUGGCGUCUUGAGCAUUCGCAAUCUUAGAUGGAUUUCACGAAAACGACUGCUUUUGUGGUUGCUGCUUGGGUUAUCCUCUCUACCUCUACAUCUCUUCUACAACUCCGCCGUCUUCAUAUCCACCUCCUCGAAUAACUAUGCGGUGUUCACUGUCGACCGGACCUUCCUCGAAUCCAACAGCACCAACGGUGUUGACUACGUCGAUGUGUCCUACAUCUUACGCAGUGGCAUCCAACCCGCAGGAGUCGAGAACAUGCCAGCCAUAUCCAUACCUGAACUCGCCAGCCAGCUGCACGGCGACGCCAACUCCAAGAAACUCGUCAACUUGACCACGGAAGAAUGCAGGACGGCCUACAUCAAGACUUUUCAAUCGGCCUAUCGUAACGUCCUCCUCGUCUCCGAUUCCAACGUCGGUAUCGAUGUUGUCGACAACGGCUCCUCCAACGUGGUGAGCUUUCUCAAUGCAGAAUUUGUCUCGAAUUUCAAAUGCGGAGGAACUCAGGCCUUCGCCUGGGCUUGUUGGCCGGAGGAUUCAUGUGACCUACCGUGUGACGAUCCCAAGAUCCUCAAGCAGACUAUGUCCAACUCCACCUGGGCUCCAUUGGGGCCACCAGUGCAGUAUUGUCUCGCCGAGCCGUCGCAGGAGCAGUGCAGUCUGCGGUUUAGCAUGGAUAUUGCGAUCCUAGUCGUCGUUUUGAACUUUGUCAAAUUGGUCAUGAUGGCUUUGACCGCGCUGACUGCGUUUGGGAGCAACGACCCGCCUCUUCUGACCAUGGGCGACGCCGUUGCCAGCUUCUUGGAGAACCCCGACCCUGCCUCCAAGGGAAUGUGUCUGCUCAGUGCUUCGAAGAUAAAGAAGAUGUGCAGGUCCCUGUUGUACCAGCCAGCAAGCCAGAGCACCGCACUGUAUUCCGGAAACGUACGUCAUCGGUGGUCGAAAGCCGUCAGCUUGAGGCGAUGGUUGAUAUGUUUGUUUCUCUACAUUGCUUCUUUAUCCGUUGCCGCAGGCUUCCUCGGUCGUGGAGUCACAGCCAUAGUUGGAUCGAAAUCUCUCUCAUCGUUAUGGUCGAUUGGACUCGGCAACGGGUCGGGACGCACUCUGAUCCAGAACGAUGCCAUGCUGCGGUCCGGCAGAUCCGCGCUCAUCACCAGCGUCGUGCUCGCCAACAUACCGCAACUGGUCCUCUCACUCUUGUACUUCACCUACAACGGCCUUUUCACGUGCAUGCUCCUCGCCAGCGAAUGGAAGUCGUACUCCCUUCGCCGCAAAGGCCUGCGCAUCUCCUCGGCGCGACCCAAAGGCGCAGAGCGAUCGGGAUAUUUCCUCCAGCUCCCCUUCCGAUUUAGCAUUCCACUAGCCAUGGCCAGCCUAUUGUUCCAUUGGCUAGUUUCCCAGAGCAUCUUUGUCGUCAACAUCUCCAUGCUCGAUUACACCGGCUCGCCCACUGCCUCGCUACCGGGUACCGUUGGUCAUCUCGUGACCUGCGGGUACUCGCCCAUUGCCAUCAUCUUUACCAUUUCUCUGGGUGUGCUUCUGAUAGUGGUGCUCCUGGGGUUUGGAUUUGGCGCGAGUUUCCACACGGGCAUGCCCAUUGCCGGGAGUUGCAGUUUGGCAAUUGCGGCGGCUUGUCAUUCUGGUGAAUCUGCUGCACAGGGGGACGAUGGUGACGAAAUGUCGACAUCAACACCAACGUCAACAGGGGCACCAACAUCACAGCAGCCGCUCAUGUGGGGAGAAAUUCCAGGUUGUUUUCGUGAUGACGAUAUGAUGACAAGCACACAGGCGUCUCUGAGGCCGGAAAAGUGUGAAUCCACACCGCUGGUGAAGGCCACCGGAGACAGUGCAGAUUCAGAAUCAGAAUCAGAAUCGAAUUUGAACGCGUCUCUUCUGCGCAAAACCCCGACCUGCUUGACUGUCACCGAGUCGGGAGCCACUGACAUACCCGGACAAAGCCUCGUUUCCAGACGGCGUCCAAACACGACGCGCAUGGCGCUGAUGGGUAAUGGCAAUGGCAACGACAAUGACAACGACAACGAUGAGGCUGAAGAAACAGACGGCAUAGACGGAUACUUACUCCGCUCAGAGUCACUAGACCCGCACCGCCCUCGUCCUUGCCGAGACGACGACGGCGACGUGACGCCUUCUGUUAAACAGACGGAGAUGUGUAUCAGCGAUACUAUGGGAAAAGCGGAUCAUGCCAACAUUAAUAACAAUACCAUUCACAUUCCCAUUUCACGACCUGAAUCAGUUCCUCUCUCGUCAAAUGAGAAAGUUGGACACUGUGGCUUCUCCGCGGGGCCCGUUACGACGCCCGUCGAAGGACGGGUCUAUGCUUGA